AUUGACACCUCCAUUUCCAGCUUGAACUCGAGUUACUUUCCAUGGAAUUUUACGCGUUUAUUUGAUAAUCGCUAAUCGCAGAUUGCCUUCGUAGUACUGGGUGAUCUUCUCUUUCUCUAGGUAUAAAUUGCAUCCGGCGACGGGCUUGAUUCGAGCCUCUUUCCGCCGCUUUCUCUCUGACCGGAAGAAACGAGAAUCACUUACAGUUACAGUGCCGCCGUCGCAAUACCCAGUGAUAAUUCGAUGAUGGGAGGGACAAACAGCGACGAAACAAACGUCGAUACUCGAGAUGACGAAGCAAAUCGUCUCCUUCCUGAGCAAUCGCCACCGUCGACGACGCAUCCGGUUGACGACGAUGAUGAAGUGGCGUACCAAUCGAGAGAGAAAGUAGCAAUUAUCGAAUUCGAUUCGAUUGAAGCUGUGGAUCAUUCGGUUGUACCGCCGUUCUCGUGGAAAAAGUUGUGGAUGUUUAUGGGUCCAGGGUUUCUGAUGAGUAUUGCGUUUCUGGAUCCGGGGAAUCUAGAGGGAGAUCUACAGGCUGGAGCAAUAGCUGGGUAUUCGUUGCUUUGGCUAUUGAUGUGGGCGACUGCAAUGGGGUUGCUGAUCCAACUAUUGUCGGCUAGAGUCGGCGUCGCCACUGGGCGGAACUUGGCGGAGCUUUGCCGGGAAGAGUAUCCUCAAUGGGCGUCGCUUCUGUUAUGGUUCAUGGCGGAGAUUGCAUUGAUCGGAGCUGAUAUUCAAGAGGUGAUUGGUAGUGCAAUUGCAAUUCAGAUUCUAAGUCGCGGUCUUUUGCCUAUUUGGGCUGGUGUUGUAAUCACAGCUUCCGAUUGUUUCUUCUUUUUGUUUCUGGAAAACUAUGGAGUUAGGAAACUGGAAGCUGUUUUUGCAGUUCUUAUAGCAACUAUGGGAUUAUCCUUUGCCUGGAUGUUUGCUGACGCCAAACCAAGUGGGAAACAACUUAUAAUAGGGCUUUUAGUUCCGAAGUUGAGUUCUAAAACAAUUAGGCAGGCUGUAGGAGUGGUAGGAUGUGUAAUCAUGCCCCAUAAUGUAUUUCUUCACUCUGCUUUAGUACAGUCAAGAGAGAUCGAAACAAACAAGAAAGGGCGUGUACAAGAGGCGCUAAACUAUUACACAAUUGAAUCCUCUUUGGCUCUUUUUAUCUCAUUAAUGAUCAAUAUGUUUGUCACGACUGUCUUUGCAAAAGGAUUCUAUGGCUCAAAACAAGCCAACUACAUAGGCCUAGUGAAUGCAGGACAAUAUCUUGAAGAGAAAUAUGGAGGAGGGUUAUUUCCAAUUCUAUACAUUUGGGGAAUUGGGUUAUUAGCUGCCGGCCAAAGCAGUACCAUUACUGGAACUUAUGCAGGACAGUUCAUAAUGGGGGGAUUUCUAAAUCUCAAACUCAGAAAGUGGUUGAGGGCUUUGAUCACGAGAGGUUGUGCUAUUGUACCAACGAUGAUCGUGGCUCUUGUCUUUAACAAGUCGGAGGCAUCUCUGGAUAUAUUAAACGAGUGGCUAAACGUGCUUCAGUCUGUUCAGAUUCCGUUUGCAUUGAUCCCACUUCUUACUUUAGUGUCCAAUGAACAUGUCAUGGGAGUCUUUAAGAUUGGACCUGUUAUGGAGAGGCUUGCUUGGACGGUAGCUGGUCUUGUGAUAGUAAUCAAUGGGUAUCUAUUAAUGGAUUUCAUAGUUUCUGAAGUGAAUGGUUUUCUGUUCGGGUUUGCUGUGUUAAUAGGAACUGGUGCAUACAUGGCAUUCAUACUGUACUUGAUUAUACACGGUGAAUGUCUUCCAUUUACAUGGUUUGAACUUGCAAGGACCAGAGCUUUCUCCACAAGAUAAUAAUAAUGGAAUCAGCACCAAUCAUCAGUUUAGCUAAUUGAAGAAGAAGCAAAGCAAAACAAAUGAUUCUUUUAUCGGUGUGAAGUCUUCUAUAACCUCAAAAAUCAAAUGUGUGCCAUCUUGAAGAUAUAUGACUAACUGUGCUGAUCAGAAUGGAGAUUCAGAUAAGUUUUUAUUUUGGUUUGUGCUAUGGGAUUCUAUAUUCUUCUUAAAGCAGCUUUAGCAAACUAGCUUAAGUUGUACACAGAUAGUAACUCUUUCUUGUAUAAGCUAAACUAAGGACCCAAAAUGAUUUUUCCUAUCACUCUUCAUAUAUAUUUUUUUUCU